AUGGUCCCCGACACCUACUUCACCCACGCCCUCAACAAGCCGUCGGAUCUCAUCCAGUCCCUCUACGACAAGGCCACCGACAAGUCGGCUCCGACCUUUGCCCGCGACGUCGAGUCCCACUUCCGCACCACCUUUGCCCACGCCGAUGCCCGCUCAAAGAUCCCCGUCCUCUCGCAGGCCGUCGCGCAGCCUCUCCUCCAGCAGCAGCACGGCAGCACAUCCUCGACCGCGGGCAAGCUCGUGAGGUGGAGGUGCAUGGUCCAGGACACUGGCCUCGGCACCGAAGUCUUCCUCUCCUCCAGCAGCGCCCAGGGGCACGACUCCGCCCGCUGCGGCCUCUUUGGCGCUGAGAACUCGGCCGCCGCACACAGCGAUGCCGACGACUUCACCCACGUCGACAGCUCCAAGCUCGGCGAGCGCACCGUCGUCUACGCCGUCUCGGUGCCCGGAAGGAGCGACUGGGCACGCCGAGCAUGGGGCGAGGAUUCGGCGUCCUCGGCGUCCUCGGCGUCCUCGGCGUCACAGACGCCCAGCGCCACCGACCGAGAUGGACAAGGCGACGAACUCAGCUCCAAGAUGGCCGCGACCUCCCUCCUCGACGAGCCCCAGUCUCCGCAAAAGGUCGAGGAGGUCAGGCAGCGCAUCCGGGCAGCCGUCGAAAAGGGCAAGGCCGUCGGCGGCAGCGGCAAGGAGCCUCGACUCGUCGCCGUCUCCAAGCUGCACCCCCCUUCGGCCAUCCUCGCCGCGCACCGCCAGGCAGGUCAGCUCCACUUUGGCGAAAACUACGUCCAGGAGAUGGUCGACAAGGCCAAGGUGCUGCCAAGGGAGAUCCGCUGGCACUUUGUCGGCGGCCUGCAGAGCAACAAGGGCAAGCUGCUCGCAUCCAUCCCCAACCUCUACCUCCUCGAGACCCUCGAUUCGGUCAAAGCGGCAAACGUCCUCCAGAAGGCGCUCAGCUCGCCGGAUGCGCCCAAGCGGGACGAGCCGCUGCGCGUCUACCUCCAGGUCAACACCAGCGGUGAGGACGCCAAGAGCGGCCAGCCGCCCAUCCUCGACGCUCAGAGCCUCGACGAGGCUUCUCGACCUCUGCUCGACCUAGCGGUCCAUGUCAUCACCAAGUGCCCCGACCUGAGGCUGAGGGGCGUCAUGACGAUCGGCGCGGCGGCCAACAGCGCCAACACUGCGGCCGGACAGGAGGCCAAGAGCGUCGAGGACCUCGUCUCGGCCAACCCGGACUUUGAAAAGCUCAUCCGAACCCGCAAGAACCUCGUGGCUCUGCUGCGCUCCAGCUCCGACGUGGCCAAGAGCGACGCGGCCCACAUCAAGGAGGCCUAUGCGCAGCUGCUGGCCGAGGGCGGCGACGAGAGCGGCGGCCUCGAACUCAGCAUGGGGAUGUCGGCCGAUCUCGAGGUGGCUGCCAUGGUCGGCAGCGACAACGUCCGCGUCGGCACCGACUGCUUCGGCAGGCGUCCGGGCACGCGCGACGAGGCCAUGGCCGGCAUGAAGCGCGAACUCGAAGUGGGCAUCGAGGCCGCCAUGGCCGAGCUCCGCAGCAGCGUCCAGGGCCAGGGCCAGGGCCAGGACAAGGCGUCCGCGAGCGGCAAGCACGGCGAGGUCUCGGCGUCCGCAUCAGACCCGGGGCCGCUCGCGUACCAGGACCCGCUGCCGCAGAAGGCUCCCUUGCCCGAGGAGGGCCACGUCGGCGGACUGAUCAAGUUCUACGAUGUCGAUGCAGCCGAGAAGCUCAAGACUACCGAGAUGGUCGACGUUGUCGGCAUCCUCGACACGGCCUCCCUGCCGCACGCAGAGUGGCAGGAGUCGGGCUCGUCGGGGACGUCGGGCAACAACACCUCUCCCUCUGUGCCCUGCGUCCAUGCCCUCUUUUUCGAGCCGGUCGACAUCAACGACGCUCAGGGGCUCGCUGCUGCCGGCAGUUUUGGCCUGUCGGACCAGGGGAAGAGGUCGGCCAUCAUCGACUACCUCUCAACCGGCCUAGGAGGUGACAAGGUCGCCGCCGAGCUCGUGUUGCUCUCGGUUAUCUCUAGGAUCCACUCGCGCCGAGCCAGCCUCUCGCUCGGCGCGCUGACCGUCAACCUGUCCAACUUCCCCGCGCCGCCCGCCUCCGGGAGCGGUGCCACGACAAAGAUCUCGCGGCUGCUAUCGAGCCUUCUCCCAUCGGUCGUGGACGUGUCGAUGGAUCUCAAGGACCUCAACGACCCCAAGAGGAGCUUCAGCCCUCGGAGCUCGGGCGGUGAAGUCGGGCUGGAGGCCGGGAGGCUGCAGCUCGUCAACGGCACCGCGCUGGUCGUCAACGAAGGCACGAUGAAGGAAGGCGAGCUCAAGGAGCACGGCAUCCGCAACAUCAAGUCGCUCUCGUCGGUGCUGGAGUCGCACAAGCUGCCCUACAUCUUCCCGUACUCGGAGUUUGAGUUUGAGACAGACCUCAACGUCGUCGUGCUGAGCCAGGGCAAGUCGUUCCUGCCCUUUGACGUCCAGUGUCCCCUCGCGGUCGCCUCCUCGUCCUCGGUCGCCAGCGCCCUGUACGGCGAGGUGGAUGGGAUGCCGGUGCAGGACAAGCUGGAGGGGUGGAGACGGGCGCUCCUGUCUGCGCGAACGCUGCAGGUGGCGCAGGCGUUUGAGAUCCCGGGCGAGGUGAGCGAGUAUAUCCAGAGCGAGUUUGUCGAGUCGCGCAGGGAGGACAAGGAGGUCGGGCAGGAGGAUCUGUUGCGCCGCAUGGCCCUCGUCCGGCUCCUCGCCAUUUCCAAGGGCGAAAAGACGCUCACCGUCGAUACGUGGAAGGCGGCCGUCGAGCUCGACUGUACCGUUUCGCAGCGUCGUCGGGCCGCCGUUGCGCAGCAGCAGCAUCACCCGUCGGGCUCCAGGUGA